AUGCUGGGACUGGGUGCAACUGAUUGGCGCCGCGUGAGGCCUGCAUUUAGACGCCCUACCAUCCCCCCAUGUGCGUCAUUUGUUAUGGGAUGCGCUAGCUCCGCGCACCCUCCCAAUCUGGCCCCAGGUUUCGUCCAGCUUUUCUACAGCGCAGACCUUAUUGGCUGUCUGCCUACCGAUGCGCUGGCCUACAAUGAACUUGUUGCCUCUAAUAAACGUAUCGAGGAAUGUCUAGGUAUGAAGGCUUAA